AUGAAGUUCUCAACCAUCGUCCUUUCCCUCCUUGCCACCUUGGUGGCCGCGGCACCUUCCCCCGCUCCUCAGCCCCUCAACCUCCUUGGCCUUCACAUCCCCCUCCUCACAGGCCCCGGCUUCGACCUCAGUGAUCUUCCCAUCCUCACCGGCUACACCAGUGGCACCGCCCUCAACACCAUCGUUCUUAUCGGCCCCAUCCUCGCCAACUAUGGUGCUCCCAACGACAAGGUCGUCGAUCUCACCACCCUUGUCGGCAACCUUCUCCUGUCGAACGGCCUUGUUUCGGACUCCACCAACCUUGACACCAUCAUCCCCUCGGCCUGCUCAGAUGAGGCUCUCGCGGUGUUUGCCAUUGCUUUGAACAACGUUCUCACCGGCAGCCUUCCCCCCACCAAGUGCGCCUCGGUCGUUCAGCAGAUCCUUGCUCUUAUCCAGCACAUUCUCGACGUCAACAAGGACGAUGAGGGACCCGGCGGCAUUUUCAAGCGCGCUCCCCUCGCCCCUCCCGCCGUCGAUGUUGCCGGCCUCAUCAAGGACCUCAUCACUGUCAUUGAGGGAUACCCCACCUCGUCACCUUCUUUCCUCACUGUGGCUGGCCAACUCAACCAGCUCACCUACUCCCUUAAGGUCAUCGUUUCCGGCAGCGCUGAAGCCGCCUUGUUUUCGAGCGGUGUGGACGGCAACGUUAUCAAUGCCCUCCUUAUCGAGCUCAGCAACGCUCUUCUCGGCUACUUUGCCUCGAUUCCCAUCACCACCCAGCUCCUUGUUGUUGGAUCUAGCGUUCCCGUCUUUACCGAGUUCACCAUUCUCGUCGGCAGCCUCGCUACUUCCCUCAACCUCCAGAGCACUCUCUGCCCCUUCUUCAACAGUCUCAAGUAUGCCGGUAGCGACGGCGAGCUGGUCCAGCUUCUUGUCAUUCUCCUCAACAAGCUUGGCGUCUCCCUCAGCACCGACGCUGCUUUCCACCCCUCCUCGGCCACCGGCCUUGUGCAGGGCCUCCUCAACGGCCUCGGCCUCGGUUGGCUCGUCGCUCUCGUUCACCUCAAGCUGUGA